UACAGUCACUGACUCUUUUUCAUCUUCUACUUCUUCAUCUUCUUCUUCAAAUCAGAAGAAAACAUAUGCUCAAGUAGCAGAAUCUGCUGUCUUCAAACCUGCUAGUUCAAAAUCUGCUCAAAAUUCUGAGAAAACUGAGAAGAAUAUUUCUCAGAUCUCUCUCAAACACAGUGUUCAAACUGUUAAAGAUAUGAACACUUUGCAAUCUCUUAUUUCAGAGACUCAAAAUGUGCAUUCUGUGCUAGAGAUCAUAAAACUAGUGAGUAUAAAUGUGAAACAUGCUCAAAAAGAGGUGAAAUAUGUCAAUAUACUCUGCUUAAGUGCUUCAAUUGUAAAGAAAAACAUACAUCUAGCUCAAAAGAAU